AUGGAUGAAAGUAAUGCCCUUUGUGACCUCGAAAGCAUUUCACAGCGACCACGUGUUGUGAGAGUGGAGUCGUCGCUCACUGGAACUCUGGGACAACCUUCUCUUACAAAGCCCUGGAACAGAACAGAAGAUUUUCUAGUUACAACCUGUCCCUGUGGAGAAUUAGAGAAACAAAGCCAUAUUGCCACCAUAUGCCCACACAGUAAAGAGCAAGGACCAUUUGUUAAAGAAGACAAAGGUGUUCAUGUCAACAGACAAACUUUGCCAGUGGUAUGUUAACAUGAGUAUGUAAUGGAGCCAAAUUAGUUUAUACAAUAUUCCAUUUGUUCCCUUUAUUUUGUUAACAUUAUACCAUUCAAAACAUGGUGCUCUCUUUCUUGUUAAUCAUGAUAUUGCACUCUUGUUUAAUGGAAAAAGCAGCUCAUAGUUUUAGAAGUUCCAAAUUACGUUUCAGGGUUCUACUGAUAAGACCAAGACCAAUCUGGGUGUUUGAGAACUGUUGUUGGAAAUGCUAAUUUCUAUUACACCAACUACACGUAGAGCUUCAAAUAUGAAACUACAUGUGAUCAAAAGCCAAUUGCUUGAAAUGGUUUAGAGGUGUUGAUCCUUCCAUUAAUAUGCUGUGACUACCAUCCCUCUAAAAUAACUUUAUUUUUUUUAUUUAAUUUUUUUUUUUUUUUUUAUAUUUUUUCUUCUAUCAGGAUAAAGUAAAAAGGCAGAUCUUUUCUAACACUGUCAUGCUGAGAAAACCUGCUGCAUCAACUUUAGAUCACUCAGGUAAAAUUGACAGAGACAGCCAAGCCGCUCCACGAGAGAAUAACACAAAUUUGUCCUGCGGAAAUCAAGGCUGCAAAUCAGACGCUUCCUUAAAUAAACCUCCUUUGAGGGAUGCAGUCACACACAAUACGCCACAUCAUGUGAAGAAGAAACAUGAGCGCUUCCCUCAGUUAUCUAGUGAACCACUAGGGAAAAUAAAGCAAAAUCACUCGAGAGCUGUUUCUGACGUGGAUACCUUUGUCCCUGUUUCAAGGUAUGUCAUGCAGAAGACUAAUAAAAACAAAUGUCUGUAA